UGAGGAGAAGGGAAACAAAUGUAAGAAUGUAAUUAGCAUUGUACUGUGGACAAUUGUCGAUAGUGUAACAAAACAAGACAAGCACAUUUUACAAGAAGAAUCAGAAGAAAGAAAAAAAGAACAACGCAAUUUUGGUUCCUUCCUUGCUUUAAUCGUGACGUGAGAGCGAAGAAAAAAAAUCCAAAAAACAUAACCGUUACAUGCAUGAUGCCCUCGGUCGAUGCGUCCUCGGUCAAAGGUCGCAUAUGUGGAGGGUGGAGAGUAUUUUGGCCCCAGCCACCUAGGGCGAAGCACGAAACGAAACUCGGCGGGAGCAACGAUACCUGACCUGCGUUCACUUUGCCACACUCACCCAAGGACCAACGUGUUGGCGGUGUCGCCACCAAAGGACACACGAACGCCCUUUACCCUUGCUCAGCAGGAAAUGCAUGUAGGAACAUGGUUUCUAACAGUGCUCCUUUCACGCGUCAAGAGGAAAGAGCUAGACGUGUAAUGACGGGCGUAAAGUAUAAAACUGAAUAUACCGACGCAUUGCGCUGCAAAUCGGGACGGACUGUUCGCCGUGAUAGAACGAUUCGCUGGCACCAGGACUGACCACGCAGUUGAGUAACAUUUUGCAACAAUCCGUCGCCGUUCAGUUUUCAUCGCAAUGUGCCACAGUUUAGGAUCCGCACUGGUGACGAACGGUUGCGGUGUGCUGCUGUGUUGUGUAGUGCUGCUGACUCUAACCUGCACCAUGUCACCGGUCGCUGCUCAGCACAACCAGGCCGAUGAAACGUGUGAAACGCUUCCAUCGGAGAUUCAUCUCAUCAAAGAGGAGUACGAUGAGCUGGGGCGCCUCUACCGUACCUGCAACGGCGACGUCACAGUCAACAAGUGCGAGGGAAAGUGCAACAGCCAGGUGCAGCCGUCCGUUAUUACGGCGACAGGCUUCCUCAAGGAGUGCUACUGCUGCCGGGAAUCGUUCCUGCGCGAACGGCAACUGCAGCUAACGCACUGUUACGAUCCGGACGGUGUGCGCAUGACGGACCACGAGUCUGCCACGAUGGAAAUUCGUCUGAAGGAACCGGUCGACUGCAAGUGCUUCAAGUGCGGCGAAAUGGUUCGCUAACUAACCAACUAAUUAAUGGCGACUCUACCACAGUAAAAGCAUACCCAGUAAUCUGCCCCAUUCAGAUCGGUUCGCAAGCACCAUCCCGAUCGCGCGAUACGUGUAGUUGGAAGCCGUAAGAAAGCAGCAACGCUUCCACACAGUCACAUUAGUAUUAACAGAGUAAUGAAAAUAAAGCAAUCAAAAUGUUACACCACCA